UCAUUGGAGACACCACAUUUGGUAUUCCAACAGUGCAACCAAGCUGUUGAUCCGAACUACGAACUACGAGCAUUUGGGAAUAAGGCAGCCCUUGCGUGCGACCCCGGGACUUCUGGCGACGCUCCUUCCGCGCUCAGCCCGGUGAAGUUUCCGGAAGGGCGCCCUCGCUGGGAGCCGCGUCCCACCGGAGAGGCGGGAAUCAUGGCAGACAGUGGAAAUAACAAAAGCCAAGUUCACGAGGAGCUUUGGUUAGAGGAAGAAUUUAUGAAAGAUGAACAAAGAGAGAGAUUAAUUGAUAAAAUUGCAAAGGAGAAUACUCAGUUAAAGGAGGAGAUCCAAAGGCUUGAGGCCGAGUUACAAGAGUCCACCAUAAACUCCCAGAUUAAAGAGGAUAUUCCUGAAACAGAGAUGAAAUUCACAUCUUUAGAGAAUCCUGAGAAUGACAGCCAGUUUUUAAAUGUCUCCUGUUCAUUUCAAGUGAGCUCGCAAGUUCUUUAUGAGCUACAGAAAGGACAAGCACUUAUCACCUUUGAAAAAGAAGAAGUUGCCCAAAAUGUCAUCAGAAUGGGGAAACAUCACGUGCAGAUAGAGGAUGUAGAUGUGGAGGUUAUGGCCAAGCCAGUUCCAUUAAAUUCGGGAGUCAGAUUCCAGGUUCAUGUAGAAGUGUCUAAGGUGAAGAUCAAUGUUACUGAAAUUCCUGAUGAAUUGCCUGAAGAUCAGAUGAGAGACAAGCUAGAACUGAGCUUUUCUAAGUCCCGAAACGGAGGUGGAGAAGUGCUAUGCGUGCAGUAUGAUAAGCAGUCCCGGAGUGCUGUGAUUACAUUUUUGGAAACUGGAGUUGCUGACAAGAUUUUGAAAAAGAAAGAAUAUCCGCUUUGUAUAAAUCAAAACUGCUAUAGAGUUAUUGUUUCUCCAUACAUAGAAACAGACUUGAAAAAUUUUCAGGCAUUUUCAGGAAUAUCUAGGAGGACAGUGCUUCUCACUGGAAUGGAAGAUCUUCAGAUGAUGGAUGAAGAAAUUUUAGAGGAUUUAGUUAACAUUUACUUUCAACGGGAGACGAAUGGAGGUGGAGAAGUAGAAGUGGUCAAAUGUUCUCUAGGUCAGGCUUGCAUAGCAUACUUUGAGGAAUAGAGGCAUGGAAUUAGAUGAAUAUUAGAGCUUCUGAGCCCAAAGCACUGUCCAUGUGUGACAAAAAUGAAUAUCCCUUUCCUUUAAAAAAUUUCCUUCCUAAAAAAAAUUUCCUUUAAAAAAUUCCUUUCCUUGAAUUCUUAAGUGUCCAUUUAUUCUUAGAUACAAAAAUAUAUUUCCAUGUUUUUGAAUUCUUGUUUCAAACUCUGCUGCAUGCUUACAAGUGCAGUAAAUGUACUGUAUUAAAAAGUUUUGUUUGUUCAUAAGUGAUGUGGACAGGUGCCAUGUCCAUUGAAAUCAAUCAUAAGUGAUGCCAUUGUCCCCCUGCUAUGUUGGCUCAUUCUGUCGUGGGCAUGUGGGCCAAUUCUCUUUUGGCCCCAGGUCCACCAACAUGCAGACUUCACUCAACAUUUCCCAAAGAACUGUUAUAUUCAGCUGUUUGUGAUUUCUGUAGACUUUGAAUUUCAAGGAACUUCAAGGGUGAUCAUUUCCCUCUUUCCCAUUGUAUAGCAUUUUACUCCAGAGCCCCAAAGAUAUUUUUCAGAGCUGAGUGUGGUCUUUUUAUUUAACAUUUUCUUCUCCCAGAGUGUCAAGGGUCUCCUGAUUCUUUCCAAGACACCUUCGUCAAAUAGAACUUGUAAAGGCCAUAAUUGUCUUCCCUUUACACUUGUAAGGGGAAGAAUAAGCUUAAGGGAAUGACAUCCUUAGAAUAAAGGGAGAGGUAAAUGCAAAGCUAGGGACUCCUCACUUAUCAUGCUGGAUGCCGGGGAGUGCCUGAAGAUGAAAGCACGUGCCUUUGAGUUUGAGAGAGACCCAGUUCCUUAGCAUCCCAUUGUUUUUAAGUUGUAGAAACGAAACAGUAAAAUGCAAGGUUUCUAUUCAGAGAAGGUAAAAUUCUUUUUGGUAAAGAACAUGUGAACAGCUUUUAUCCUAAUAUGGUAUGUUUCAUAAGGAGCCAAUGG